AAAAAUGUAAUAAUCAACCUCAGUUGGACGGAAAGCAUCCGCUUAUGUUGAUAAACGUAUAUUUAUCCAAAAGAAAAUGUAGGUUUCUUUUUCUCAAACGCCUGACAAGACUCUCAUUUUCUGAAAAAAAAAAAAGUUAUGUAAUGGUUGCUACUUACUAGUUUUAAUUCAUCGACAAUUUGAACAUGCAUGACAUGGGUUUAGACCUGAAUCCAAAAUGAUAAUUAAAAAAACAAAAGAGCCUAUUAAAGAAGCAGAUAAUACUUGUGUUUAAAGUCAAAACCAUGCCCGUGGAAUACUGGAAUUCAACACACACUUGCGUCACAUGACAAGUACUCUGCUCGUCCUGAUCAAUCCGUUAAGGGAAUCAACCCCACCUUAUGAUGUUUGGCGCUAUUAUUGUCCUUGAGCCCCAUGAUAGUAUCCUUAGAGGUUUGAGCGGCCCGCUUUGAUACUAUUUGUCAUACUUGCGCCAGGUGAUGUACAUGCACAUGAAAUUUAUUAUUCGCUAUAAAUUGUUAUUUCUCCAGGAGAGAAGCAGAGCAGGGCAGAUAAUUAAGAUUGGUGAACGACUGACCGCCUUAGCAAACUGAUACUGAAUAAAGAGAAAAUGGCGCAAGAGAACAAAGCCAGAAAAGCCCAUGUUUUAAUCGUUCCUUACCCUGCACAAGGUCACAUAAACCCCAUGUUCCAAUUCGGUAAACGCUUAGUCGCCAAAGGCGUCAAAGUCACUCUGGUAACCACUGUUUUCCUCUCCAAGUCCUCCACGUUUUCCGAUCCAACCAGCUCUUUCGAUAUCCAAGCCAUAUCCGAUGGCUUCGAUGAAGGCGGCUAUGAUCAGGCUGGCAGCGCUGAUGCUUACGUGCGAACUUUCUGGUCCGUAGGCUCUAAGAGUUUGGAAAGUUUAAUCAAGAAACUUGCUGAUUCUGGUCAUCCUGUUGACGCCCUUGUAUAUGAUGGGUUUUUGCCUUGGGCACUUGAUCUUGCAAAGCAGUUUGGGAUGCUCUCGGCUGUGUUUUUUACUCAAUUGUGUGCUGUCAACAGCGUGUAUUACCAUGUUAACAGGGGACUUCUUCAGCUGCCACUGCCUGGAACUAAUGUUUCUCUUCCUGGAUUGCCUCUACUUGAAGUUUCAGAGUUACCAUCUUAUGUUGCUCUUUAUGGAUCGUAUCCGACUUGGUUUGAUGUGUUAGUGAAUCAGUUUUCCAACGUUGAUGGAGCUGAUUGGGUAUUUUUUAACAUUUUUUACGAAUUGGAGAAAGAGGUGGUGGAUUGGAUGUCAAAAUUCUGGAAGGUGAUGACAGUAGGACCAACUCUUCCAUCUAUGUACUUGGACAAAAGACUCGAAAAUGACGAAGACUAUGGUAUCAAUCUCUUCAAGCCAAAGACUGGCAUUUGCAUGAGUUGGCUGAGUGGCAAACCGAAGGGUUCAGUUGUUUACGUAUCAUUUGGGAGCAUGGCAGAAGUAGAUGUUGAACAAAUGAGAGAGGUAGCUUGGGGAUUGAAAGGGAGCAAUUACUACUUCUUGUGGGUUGUGAGGGAAUCGGAGGAGGCCAAGCUGCCAAAGGAUUUCAUAGAGGAGACUUGGGAGAAGGGUUUGGUGGUGAGUUGGUGCCCUCAAUUGGAGGUGCUGUCUCAUGAGUCAAUAGGUUGCUUUCUCACCCACUGCGGCUUAAAUUCCGUUAUAGAAGCACUGUGUCUAGGAGUUCCGAUGGUGACAAUGCCUCAAUGGUCCGACCAAAGCACAAAUGCAAAGCAUGUAGAGGACGUAUGGGGAUUUGGAGUGAGAGCUCGGCCUGAUGAUGAGAAAGGUUUUGUGAGAAGAGAGAUUGUAGACCAUUGCAUAAGGGAAUUAAUGGAAGGAGAGAAGGGCAUAGAGGCCAAGAAGAAUGCAAUCAAGUGGAAGAAUAUGGCGAAAGAAGCAAUUGAUGAAGGUGGUAGUUCAGACAAAAAUAUCGAUCAAUUUGUAAUUGAAUUAAGUAAUCAAGUAUUUCAAUUUUAGCGUUUCAACUUUUUUCUCAAUUAGGAUUUAUUUAAGAUAGCGUGGCAGCCAUGGAAUUUGCUGCAUAGUGAUAUUUGCUGAACUGCAACGAGUUUGUAUGAAUAAGAAUUAUUGUUGAAAAUCAAGUACCGGAUAAGAAGUUGAGAAACUAUAAAAGACAGCUGAUUGGCGUUCUUUGUUUUUUCCUUAUGGAUUUUGGGUAAAAUUGGGUACAAUUGCCAAUUGAUCUGGUCGGGUGAUCCAAUCCGAUUCUGACAACCUUGAACUCCCUGUCAAACAAAGACCACGCUGGGGGACAACGAGGCCCACCUGUCUUUUUCAAAAUUUUUUAUUGACGGCCGGCUGGACCU